UAUAAAGUAAGAGAAGUGAGAAGGAAGAACUAUGGCGGUUCCUGAUAGGCGCAAUGGAAUGAUGGAUGACGACGAAAACGAAGAGGAGGGCCUCUUCGAAGAGGAAGAUAUGGUGGAACUCGACUCCGAUACGCCACCACACCUCCAACCACUCGCUGAAGCAGCCCAAGCCGGCGAUGUCAAUGCCCUUCGCCACGCUCUCGAUAAUUUGAGUGGCAGCAUUGAUGAACCAGUGGAAGAUGGAGAUACAGCUCUUCAUUUGGCCUGUCUUUAUGGCUAUCUGCCUUGUGUCCAGGUACUGUUAGAAAGAGGAGCUAACAUGGAGACCAAGGAUGAGGAUGGGGCAAUUCCUCUUCAUGAUGCCUGUGCUAGUGGAUUUACUGAAAUUGUCCGACUUUUAAUCAACAGUGCUAACAAUCUAGACUGUGCGCAGCAGAUGCUGGACACUGUUGAUGUAGAAGGUGAUACUCCUCUUCACCAUGCCGCAAGAGGUGAACAUGUGGAUGUUAUUCAGCUAUUGCUGGCUUCUGGCGCUUCUCCUACAAAAGCGAACAUCUAUGGGAAGAUUCCAAGUGAGCUCUCUGAUCCAGAAACGCGGGCAAGGGGAAUACUAGAGGCUGCUGCAAAUGCUGUUGCAUGUUGAUAGACUUCAUUUUUCCAGAAAUACCAAUCAGGUGGCUAGAACUGAUCAUUAUGGUUGGUCUUUAAAGGAAGCUCUUGAAUAUGUUACAGAUACCUUCAAUCUAGCUGCUUGAUAAGCUUUGGCA